GCUACGGUGCUACGUUUGAGCGCUACGAUCCACACACGUCGUGAUGUGGACUACGUGGCUUCUAUUAGCCUUGGCCGUUACAGUCCAAGGACGAGCGGUAAACAUAAGCAACACAUGGGUGUUGCCAGAGGAGGGGUUCCCUGUGUUCUACCGCUACUUCAGGGACCGCAUCUCUUGGUAUGAGGCCGACGCUGUCUGCCAGUUUCACCACGCUAAUCUUGUUACAGUGGACACCACAGCUCAGUAUGACGCAGUGCGAGCUUAUUUGAAGGAACUGGACAUCUCCAGCGCCGUUUGGGUCGGCCUCAUUAGGAGCAAUCCUGAUGGUGACUUCACAUGGACAGACUACAGAGGAUUAAGUGGCGAAGGAUAUUGGAGUUCAGCUCCGGAUUCGAGGACGGCACCGCUUUGUGCCGCGGCCGACCCUGCUGCUGACUACCGCUGGGAUGCGAGAGCCUGUGGAGGACCUUCCGUUGCUUCAUUUAUUUGUGAAUUACCAGUACCGCAAUGGGCGCUGGGUAGUGAAGGAUGUAUGCUAAAAGCUCUACCAGCACUGACUGUGCUAUAUCUACCAGAAAGUGCGGCUGUGCAGCUCACUACUGAUUGUGGUUUGGCGGGAGUGCGACGAGUUCAAUGUACAGGGAAUGUUAAAAGAGAAGAUCUACUCAAAGAUUUAUCAUGCUCUGAAGAUGUGUCAACUACUCUAUGGAAUGUUCACUUUACUGGAAAUGAUAUGGAAACAACUACAGGUUUCGUGUUCGAUGGAGACUCGGAAACGGACGAAAAUAUAAUGACAGACCAACAAGAAGUUCAGCAAAGUACUGUAAAAUCUUCAACAACGCAAACAUUUAAUUUGGUUACACAAAACGUACUAGCAAAGCAAAAUCAACAAAAUUCGAUGUUCGAUAAAGUUCCAGAUUUGAAUAUAAUCGAAAACAACAACAUCUACAACAAUUUACCAACCGGACCAUAUAAAACAGACUUUUCAAGUACUGAGUAUGCAAAUAAAUUAGAAGAUGAAAGACAUAUGCAUCACAAGUUAUUACACGAUGAGCUGGCCCGACUUGGAAAUUUCGAAAGUAUAUUUAAUCAAGCUACUGAUCAUUUCGUACCACCACUAGUAAUGGCAAAAGCUAAAUUAAGUAACGACAUGAAUGCUAUGUCUUUCGAAGAAAAGCUUGCGCAGGAGCACGAAGAUUAUGAAGAAUUGUCGAAACAUUCAAAUGACAUGAAAUUAAUCAACAAAAACAAUGUAGCUACAACCCAAGUACCACAACAUAAAACAACACAUAAUUUUAUAAUUAAUACGCAGGAUCUUAUACAUGAAAAUAAGGAUAAAGAAAUUACGAAAAAAGUAGUACCAAAAAAAUAUUUUUCUAAACAAACAAAGCCACUUGACGUUAAACGUAAAUCACUUCCCAUUUUGAACCUUAAAGUAUCAUUAGAUGACGAAAUCAAUAUUACUCCUACUUCUUCAAUUACAACACUGAAUAAAACAGUUAUCACCCCUAAAUAUGACGUACAAAAUAAAACAGACAACGAUGAAAAAGAUGAAACCUCAAUUGAACUAACUGUAAUUAUUCGUGAACCUUCUACAAAUUUAAAAGAUAUAGAGUAUAAUUUAUCAAAUGGUACUGAUAUGAUAACAAAAUAUUCUCAUGAAGUUUUGAACUCUUCUGUAACAUAUAAUGAUCUAUCGGAACAUACAGUAGUGAUAACAAAACCUAAUUCCACAAUUGUAGGUAACGUAGAAAUAAUCCAAGAGAUAAAUUCUUUAAAUGAUAGUAUUGUGGAAUCCAUUACAUCGACAACAGACACUACCCAUCAUUCUUAUGAAGUAUUUAGCACCUCUAAACCAUAUACUAAUGAUUUUAAUCAUGCAGUUGUACAAACUACUAAAAUUGAUAUCGUAAGUGGUGAAAGCAUGCAUGUAGUUAAAUCAAAACAUAGUCAAAUAUUCGAUUUAGAAAAGUCAACAAGCCAACCUAUAUUUAAAGAUGACUUAGAAAAAAAUAAUGUAACUACAGAGAGUUUCCUAGACAUUCAUUCUAACAUAACAUAUAUUGAUUCGAAUACUAGUAAUGUUCUGACUAACCAAACAAACCAUAUGUAUACCAACAAUAUGAUUAACUCGUCACCUGUUAGUAAUGUGACUGAAAAUAAUGAUAAUAUUAAUAACAGUUCACAAAAUAAUGAUCCUUUGGUAUCCGAAGUGUUUGUAAUUAAUGUAACUCAGGAUGAAAUACCAAAUAUUAUUAUAAAUGGAAAUAUUACAGAAAUUAUAGAACAUCCUGAAAACUUGGAUAGCAAUAUUGAGCUGCAUUUGAGUAGUAAUUCGAGCGAAGAGGAAAUCGAUGACUUUCAAUCACCAUUAUUAUCUGGAGCCGACGAUUCUGAAAUUCAUAAGCCAAUGCGCACCCGGAGGAUUCAAAUUGUUCAAAACCGCGGUAAAAAGUUUAAUCCAUUCCGUAUUUUAGGUUAAGAUGAGGAUAAUAAUGUAUACUUUGACUGCCAACUAAUUCUUAGACUAAGUGAUGACAUAAUACACAAUUUCAAUUUACUAGAAUAUAAUACGUCACUAAUGUGAUCGCACAGUGCACUUAGCAGAAUUACAUUUAUAUUCACUGACAUUAUCUAGUUUCUAGCUCACAACCAACCAUUAUUAGAAUGCAAUUUCACAUAAUUAUAAAUGAGUUGUAUGUUGUAAAAUAUACUUUUAUUUUAAUUUUUCCGUGAAAAUUAUGACAGCGCAUAAAUCGUUAAAUGAAAAAUUGCACAAAGUUGAAAGAAAAGUAAUUAGUGAUACGCAACUUUAGCGUAUAAAAACUUUCUUUGGCUUUUAAUAUUUCAUCGUUAGUUUUCAACCAUAUCAAAUAAAAUCUAGUCAAUUCAUCUAAUAUAGGUAUAGCAUAGCUAUCAUUUUAGAAUCCUAGUUACUAGAAUUACAAACCUGUGACAUCAUUGCCAAAUCGAAGAUAAUAUUUUACCACAAACUCAACCAUAUCACUAAUCAUAAGUUAUUUAUUUUUUAAUAUAUAUUACCUCUUUGCAAAUACGUCAACUCUCAGUGCUGGCUGGUUAGACACGAAAAAUAAAGAAUUAAAUAACAGUAUAAUCAUGAUAUUUUAUUCUUCCAGAAAAAUAUUACACCAAUGUCUAACCAAAUUACUUCUUGACACUGGUUGGUCCCUUUUACGACUUUCGUUUAAAUAUGUCGACCGAAAUGCUAUUUUGUAAAGGUUUCGUGUAAUAUUUCAUUUAGUCGUGUUUGAAAUUAAAUUUCUACGUAUUUGUAAAUGUCCUUGGAUGUUUAAUCAAAUCUUAUUUAGAUUGCGGUUAGCUAAUAUACCAACUUAAUCCUAAAGGAAUGGCUGUUACAUAAAACGAAUAUUUUAU